CGCAUUCGCACCCAGGUUCAGGCCAGCCAGGAAGGCACGCAACCCCAAAACUCAGGAGGAGCUGGAUGUUGAGGCCACCACAGUGCCCACCUUCACGGCGAGCAAGGUGUUCAAGGACAAGGUUGGCAAGGGCAACAAUGCCACACUGGCAGUCUAAGCCAGUCCCUGUCAAAACAGCUGCUAUACCACAUGGCGAAUCAUCAGUGGAGUCUGUGCGGCCCAUGUCUCAUACGCAGCCAAGACUGAUGCAUGGAAUUUGCCUGCUUUCUGCUCUCCAGUUUUUUUGUUGUCAGAAUGCAAAAUGGGCUAUGUUUUUGGCUGGAACCUGUCCAACAUGAACAAUUUUGCACGCCAUGCCAUGCAGCAAAGCACCAUCCUUUACUCCUUCCCUGACAAUUACCUGCAGCUUGUUCUGGAUCCUAAUGGUGUUGGACUUGGAGUGUGGUCAUGAUACAGGGACGAAGGUGGCACCUUUCAAGGUGCAAUCUUUGAGAAUCAGCUUUCACAAGAGUGACAUGGUGCAUGGACGCAAACAUAGGGUGAACUGCGGUCAUUCGUGGGCACGUGU